GGGGAGGUGUUUCAGAGCAAGCAGGAGGGGAGCUGUUUUCUUGUGUGUAUUUAUGUGCGAGAGUGUAAGGAAGAGAGAGAGGAGGGCUAUUUUGAAUGCGUACCUCAGUGAGAAAGAGCGAGAGAGGGAGGGAGGAACAGGAGGAGAGCGAGCCGACUGUGUUGAAUGUGUCACAGGGAGAGAAAUCAAAUUUGGUCCGUGGAAUCUGUGUGACUCAAACACAGUGUUCUCUGUGUGCAGAGGGUGAGGGAGGGAGGAGGAGAGGAAGAAAGAGAGGGAGAGUGACAAACAGAAGGCUACAGAGAAUGAGGCGAGGACAAUCAAAUAUAUCCACUCGUUCAGGAAGGAGAUAAAGAAAACUACUGAGUCUCUUGCCUGCUUAGUUCCACAGCUGAAUCCAUAAAAGCACAUAAAAGGGAGAUCAACAGCAGCACUGAGGAAACUGAUAACUGUCACUAAGCUGACUGAAACAGAGACUCACACACCAUCAUUUCCCUUUUCGGUUUUUUUUUUUUUUUGAGUGUGUGUCAGUGUUUGCUGAUAGGCAGAAAAAUCACAACAUCAAACUGUGACUGGUUCUGUUCCUCACUAUAUAAAGUGCUGUGGGUAGUUUGAAGACGACCAUUAAUACGCAUUCGGACGCAUAUUCCUGAGAUACCUGAUACGACACAGGAUUUUCCUGCAAGACCAUGACAUCACAUGGCAAACUGAGGAAGGAAAGGGGGUGUCUGGCAGAGUAUGAGACGCAGCUCAAAGAGGUGCGUAGUCAGCUUUCAGAGCAGCUGAAGGUGUUGGAUGCACAGUUGGAGCAGAAGACGCAGCAGCUCCAGGAUCUUAGUGAUUAUCUACGCCGUCGGGGGGAGAUCGAGGCUGAGUAUGCACGCUCUCUGGAAAAACUCAGCGAGAGGUUCACCCUCAAGACCAAAAAGAAAGAGCAUAUGGACCAGUCUGUGUCCAAGUGCUGGUCAGAGCUGCUAAUACAGACCAAGCAGGAGAGCCGGGACCACAGCUCACUCAGUGAGGUCUGCAGCACCACCUUCACCCAGCGCCUGUCUCACUGCAUCGAGGACACAAACCGCCUGGCCAAGAAGAGUAAAGAAGUGGGUCUGCAGAUGCAGGAUGAACUCCUUAAGGUCACCACAGAGCUGCAGACGGCUCUGAAGACUUAUCACCAGUAUCACUCCGAAUGUCUUUCUGCUGAGGGCAAACUCAAAGAAGCUGCAAGACUGGAGGAGAAACAGACUGGCAAGGGGUCUGACCUCAGCCUUGGCCAAUCAGGAGGGCAAAGGCGCAGCUCAGUAAAGAAGAUGGAAAGGCUAAUGGAAAAGAGGCAAGGAAAAGUACAAGAGACCCAGCUGAAGUGCACUAAAGCUCGCAACGACUACCUGCUCAACCUCGCAGCAGCCAACGCUGCCAUGAAUAAGUACUAUCUUGAGGACGUAUGCACUCUGAUUGACUGCACGGAUCUUGGCUACCACCUGUCUGUGGCACGGGUGAUGCGUGGCUACCUAUCCAAUAGGAACCGGACGCAGCAGAACCUGAAGAAUGGUCUGCAGCAGCUUGAAAACGCGGUGAGUGCUAUGGACCAGGGCCAGGACCGAGAUGCCCUGCUGCAGGCCCACAACACAGCCUUCUGUCUGCCGUUCCGCUUUCAGCACCUACCACAUGAAGGAGACCAGGUGUGUGAGGUGAGUGCUGACUGUCAGGUGAGGUAUGAGAUGGAAACCAGAUAUCAGCAGUUGCAGUCCAGACUGGCUACGGUUACCCUGGAAACAGAGGAGAUCAGUAAAACUCUCAAGGCGACCUAUGCUGCUCUACUGGAGAGUAUCUGUGAUGAUGACUGUAUCCCCGCCCUUGACGUCUCAACCAGCAUAUCACAGGAGAGCACAGGCGAUGGCCUGAACACCAAGUUGAGCGUAACCAAGCGCAGAGCCAAUCAGCAGGAAACCGAGACCUUCUACUUUAAUAAAGUGAAGGAGUAUCUCAAUGGUAACUCUUUGAUUUCCAAACUCCAGGCCAAACAUGACCUGUUGAAGGAGGCCAUAGAGAAAGCUGAGGCAGUUGACCGUGAUCCCUCCAGAAUGCCGUCUGGUAGGUCAAUGCGUGUGCGGAAAGCCAGGCCUUGCUCCCAGUACAACCACAAACUCUUCUCUGGAGACAUGCUGUCCUUCAUCCAGAGCUCUGGGCAGCAGAUCCCGUUAGUGGUGGAAAGCUGUAUCCGCUUCAUCAACCUCCAUGGUCUGCACCACGAGGGCAUAUUCAGAGUGCCGGGUUCUCAGAGCGAAGUCAAUAAUAUCAGAGAUGCCUUUGAAAGAGGGGAAGACCCUUUGACGGACAGCGAGUGUGACAUUGACUCGGUAGCAGGAGUCCUGAAACUGUAUUUCAGAGACCUGGAGAAACCUCUCUUCCCAGAGGAGCACUUCAGUCAGCUGAUGGAGUGUGUCCAAAUUGAGAACAUGGCAGAAAGCGCAGCUCAGAUGAAGCUAGUGGUCUCAUCCUUCCCCAGACCCCUCAUUAUAGUGAUGCGCUAUCUAUUUGCCUUCCUCCAUCAUGUUUCUCAGUACAGUGAUGAGAACAUGAUGCAGCCCUACAACCUGGCUGUGUGCUUUGGGCCCAGUCUGCUGAGAUGUGGGGUUGAGUCAGGCGACGCAGUAACUCUGCAGCCCCAGAUUAAUGCCCUGGUUAAGAGCAUGAUCCUCCAGCAUGAGAGCAUCUUCCCCAGCCAGGCUGAGCUUCCAGGCCCUGUGUAUGAGAAAUGCAUGACCCUGGAGCAAGAAUACUGUGAACCUAUUGCAGAGGAGGGUGAAGGAGAGACCGAACAUGCUCCAAGUGAGGAUGACUGGGAGGCUGUGGCUAUGUUUGAUUAUGUUGCACGGUCUCCAGCCGAGCUGUCAUUCAAGCAGGGGGACCACGUCCUACUCCACAGCAAGGCCUCUGCAGACUGGUGGAAAGGAGAAGUAGGAGGAGUCAAAGGCCUCAUUCCUCAUAAAUACAUCAGUGUGCCUGAGGGGGCGGAGCGAAAGCAGGAGCGAGGGAAGAGGGAGGAGAGCCGAGGCGGCAGUACAGGAAAUCUAGCUGAUGAGCAGCAGCAGGCUGAACACAGCACCCGCAUGCGGGUGAACAGCGAUAGCGCGUCUCUGCCGGGAAGGCAGCGGACCAGCAGUGGAAGUGGUGUCGUGGUAGGAGAAGCAGGGGGCAGCGGAAACAUCAGUCCAAUACGCAAAUUCCCCAUUCAGGUACCAGAGGGCCGACUCUUCUUCCCGGCGCAAUCACCUGGCAUGGCCCGACAACUCACAGGUCUACAGGAACGGAGACAUACCUUGGACAGCGUCAGGCCCAUUGUAGGAACAGCAGAGAGACAGACAGUGCAGUCAGUUGAUAAGGAGAUCACCCGGCAGAUGAACUCGGUAUUCAAAGAGCUCCUUUCCCGGCAACCUCCUCAAGACAGCAAUGUUUCACCAGCGAUGUCCUCUUCCUCUUCCUCCUCCUCCUCCUCCAUCCCCUCAGUGUCCAGUGCACCUUCUCGGCAGUCCAUAAAGAGGGGGAUUCAGACAGGAUUCAGCCUGCGCAACCGAGGCCUCUUCAAACCCUCCGACCAGCAGGACUGAUGGAGGAGGCAUAAAAGAGAGAGCAGAAAAUGCAUGAAUGCAAGGCAAGGCCAAGAGCUAACAUACAGCAGAGAUUAAUAUAUUUUUUCUAAAAUAUAAUAUGAUGUUUGUGUGACCUCAAUUCUGAACAAAAAAAAAAUUGUUUAUGAGAAGUGACUUUGGUUCAUGUAGUGCCAGUGAGCCUUUCAUUCAUAAUGGUAUUGAAAGUAUUCACUGGUCAUGUUACUGGUUUUGUUUGUGCUUAUCAUAAACGUUAUGGUACGGUAAUGUACAGUAGAACCUUUUAUUUAUCAUUUGUUAUUGCCCCUUUUCAAUGAUAAUUCAUUAUAGUGAUGUGCAGUGGAGUAACUUAUUUCUUUCCUUACAUUCAUAUACUGUUUUUAACAUGCCCUUGCAAUAGCCCCUCAUGUGUGGUACACAGUUUUUUCAACCAGAAUGCAUUUGUUUGCUAUAUGGCCAUGUAACUUACCAAAUGCUAUUUUUCAAAUAUUCUUGUGUCUUUUGGGCAAUUUCUGGUAUUUACUACAGUUGGGUUUACUAAAUCCCUCAAGUCUCUAAGACAUCAUCUCACAGCCUACGCACAGGUGCUGUUCAUUCCCUUAAGGGGAAAUAAUGUGAAAGUUAAUGAGGGCAUAUUAAAAACAGUUCUGGAAUGCAGCGUUUUAUUGUAGUGUAACUUUCACUAUCAUUGGGACUUAUUGGUUAUUGCCUACAAACGUAAAAAUCCACUGCUUUAUGAGUGUGUCAUCUAUUACUCAGAGAGGGAACAUGGCUAUAAACAUAAAUUUCCAUUCUGGCUGCAACCGGAAUAGACGAUUAUUUUUUUUGAAAAGUAAUAUUUUUAUAAUAAUUCUGUUUUUUUUAAUAAUUAUUUUUAUUUCCAAGUUGUUUGCUUAAUAAUUAAUGAUUUUAUUUUCAUUUUGUUAGAUGUUUAUAUUUGUUGACCUUACCUUACUGAACUUCUUUUGAACUCUUUCUACAGAAGAGAAGAUGCAUUAAAACUAGACAAAUGCUUUACCUUUAAAAAAACAAAACAAAACAAAACAAUAUGGCCACUGUUAUAAAUACAGGACUAUCCACUGAAAAUGCUGGAAUAUGCAGUUUAAUCUAAGACUAGGCGUUUGCAACAUGGUCACAGAAGAAGAAGGAAAACUGGAAAGACCUUAUUUUGGUUACACCAUACAUUAGUGUGAUUUCUUUUGCCCCCCCCCAAACUGUGAACAAACUGAUGCAACCACAUUUAGUACAGCAGCACUUUCACUUCCUACUAAACUCUAGUGUACACAUCUCAUGGGUUUCCCCUUGCUGUACUGCAUUCAGAAGGGAGGAGAGAUAUACUGACUAAAAGGCAGCUUAGCCUCUAAGGCUGCAUACAGCCUAUAAAACACAAGCCAGUCUGACUGGGCAUGAGUCAUAUCAUGUCAGUUUUUCUAGUUUAAUCAUGCAAAUUUGAGCUAAAUUUACAUUUACAGCAUUUGGCAGAGGCCCUCAUCCAGAGCAACUUUCAUUCAUCUCAUUUAUAUAUUUGAGCAGUUUGAGGUUGAGGUUUAAGGGUCUUGCUCAAGGGUUCAGCAAUGGCAGCUUGGCAGUGCUUGAACUCACAACCUUGCGGCACUCAUCAGAAAUUUUUUUCCACGUUCAAGGAUGAUACAAACAUAACUUGAGAAAAUACUGCAAUCCUGUCAGGCUAACAAGGUAGCUAAGUGCAUUCCUUACAGCAAGCUUGUUUAUUUGAGUAUCAGUCCUAAAGAUUGAUGUGAGUGCAUCUGGAAUCCAAGAUUAGGCUAAUUAUUAAGCUAAAGAACCUUCAAAAGCUCAAAUAGUCAACAAAUAUUAAUUUACCAAAAUGAUUCCAGAGAUAUUCCUAAUAUAUGUAUAAACUGAGGAAAAACUAUGAUGAAAUUUGCUUUGGUCUUAUAGGUGUCCUUAUAGGCAGCCUUACAAGCUGACUGGGCUUUUAGUCUAUAUAUGUUGCACCUUUCUUCUUUUUGUGCCACUCCUGUAUCCUUUCUGAAAACGUGUUUUAUAAUGUGUUACAUAAUGACAAAUAUGUUACAUAAUGACUUGUUGUUGUUGUAUGACUUGAAAUAUUAUCACAAUAAAUUAUGUCAAUUCUAAAAUA